UUACUUUGUCUAGAACAUUCCAUGUUGUCAAUGGCCUCUAAAACCCUACAAUUUUCUUGGGUAUUAAUCAGGAUUUUUUUUUAAUUUUUUUUUUUUUGGUUGAUAAGGAAGGGGGGUUAUGGGUUCUUGUGGAGUCGUAAACCGGGUUGAAAUGGAGCCUCGAUGGGUGGAAAUGUUGGGUCCUGAUCCAUCGGCAGUUACGGAGGAUAGUUGGGCUGUUGCUGAAGAAGCUGUACAAGAGGUUGUGAAUUGUGUUCAUCCGACUCUUGAUACUGAAGAGAAAAGGAAAGAUGUUGUUGAUUAUGUGCAGAGACUCAUCAGAUGUACUCUUGGAUGCGAGGUUUUCUCAUAUGGAUCAGUGCCACUGAAGACCUACCUUCCUGAUGGUGACAUUGAUUUGACUGUUUUUGGCAGUCCUGUUAUUGAAGAAACAUUAGCCCGUGAUGUUCUCGCUGUUCUGCAGGAAGAAGAGCUAAAGGAAAAUACUGAGUAUGAAGUCAAGGAUCCCCAAUUUAUUGAUGCUGAGCUUACAAAGAGAUUGAUGUUUCUCCUCUUUUUGGCUUUUGGGUGGUAUAUGGUCACCGUUUAUCUGUCUGCAGUUGAGAUGCCAGAUUAUAUAAGCAACGAGUUGUUGCUAAGUGAGGAGUUUUUAAGGAACAGUGCGGAAAUGUUCUCAGUUCCAUCCAGGGGUCUUGAGUCGGACACACGACCAUUUCAACAGAAGUAUCUAAACAUAAUUGACCCCUUGAAGGAAAAUAAUAACCUUGGACGUAGUGUCAGCAAAGGUAAUCUCUAUCGAAUACAAAGAGCUUUUAAGUAUGGGGCCCGUAAGCUUGGUGAUAUUCUUUUGUCACCAGAUGACAAAGUUGCUGAUGAGAUCAAGAAGUUCUUUGCAAACACUAUUGAGAGGCAUAGACUCAAUCAUGUGGCUGAAUUGCAAUAUUCCAGCCUAAUUUUUGGUGAUGAAGACACAUGUUCUUCAUUAUCCCCUGCUGAAUUUUAUGCCAAUGUUAGAAUGCUUCUGAAAUCAUCAGACGGUGAUUUUGAGAAUGAUAGCCCGAAAAAGGCAUAUACAUCAAUAUCAAAUGAGUUGUUGAGUAGUUUGAUGAAUGGAGCUUCUUCAGAGAUGGUGUCAGAAAAUGGCUCCUUUUCAGAUGAUGCACUAGUGUCAGGAUUCUGUCAAUACAGAUACGCAAAUGAUCCUUUAGCUUCUGUACCUCUAAAUCUUGGUGUUUCAAAUGGCUCAUAUGACUGUAGUUCUAAUGGAAAUUCCAUGAGUUCUCUUUCUUGGAAGCAUUACUAUGCUCGUCCGUUCUAUUUCAAUAAAUCAUCUGUUGAAAAUGGGAACUGUGAACCUGAGUUGUGCCAAAGUGACCUAUCUGAUUCUUGUUUGGGGGUGGAAACCCCAAAGUGCCCUCAGGAGAGCAGCAGCAUUUACCAAGCAGGUACUGAUAAUAGUGAGGACUUCUGGUCUGGUGGUUCAGAAAUCUCAAGUCCAAGGACCAGUGUUUUAGAAAGUGUAACUCUCGAUAUAGGGGAAAGGGACUUGGCAAGCACAGCUGGAGAUAUUGAAGCUAUAAAUCCUUUGGUGGACUUAAGUGGGGACUAUGACAGCCAUAUACGGAGUUUGCUUUAUGGCCAGUGUUGCUAUGGGUGUUAUCUGUCAGCACCAGUACUUAAUAGUCCUUCAUCACCUUCUCCAUCUCAAAACAAAAACUUUUGGGAUACUGUCCGACAAUCAAUACCACUUAGAAAGAACUCAUUUUGGCAAACAAAUGGGAAUGGUAUGCUUGUGGUGAAACCAGCUGCUCAACCUUCUGGCAAUGCUCUAUCAUCUGAUGCUACUUUAGGUUCUGACAAGAAAGAAAUGGCACAAGGAACUGGCAUCUACUUUCUGAAUACGGUAUAUCACCAGGAGAGACGUUGUAAAGGACGGACUAAGAGUAAGGCAUUAGGAAGUCAUGGUCAGUUUCAUUUGCAUAGUGGCACCCAUAGUCACGAGUGUGUUGCAUUUUCUGAUGCAAAUCAGUCAGAGGAGAUUUCAGCUGUAAAAUCUUCUGUUGAAGGUCGUAAGAAGUUAGCCUCUUCUAGCCAAUCUGAUGGCCUCCGCGAAGAAUCUCAUGCCAAUGCUUUCUCGAAUUCAUCAUGUAGAAUUGAAUUUGGAUCUCUGGGUAAUCUCUCUGAGGAUGUGCUUUCACACACUUCUCGUGAUGUGGUCCUGAUUCCAAGUGUCCCACAAAAAGUGCAACUUUCACAACCUGCUUGUAGUAAACAAGGAAGGGAUGCAGAGCAUUCGUUAAGGCUGAAGAACGAAGAUGAGUUCCCUCCUCUACCAUUGUGGAAGGUUUAGGAUUUCCUACUUGUUUGAAGACUGAAAGGGAAUUUUACAGUGAAAACUAACAAAAACAGAUACUUUAGGCAGAUAUCAGAUAUAAAAGAGAAACUUGAAGACGGUAUAUCCGAGUAUGUCUUUUUUUUUUUUUUUUUGGAUGCACAUCUAGGUGGAGCCUUUUUCGUAGCAGGAGAGUACAACAAUUACAGCUUAGUUCCGAUCUAGUCGAGGCCAGCUAUAUGAAUGUAGUGUAACAUAGCAUAUGCAUACUGUACAGUUUCUUUGGCAGAACUUCGUUGCGCCAUUGGCUGUAAUGCUGUAGUUCCUGUGUUACCACCAUUGCAAACUUU